CCUUGCUUUUCUAUCAACUUCAUGUGAUUGCCAUGCAAGCCAUUAACCCUAAUAUCUCACUAACCGCUCACCGUUCUCCACACUCUCUCUCUCUCUCUCUCUCUCUCUCUCUCUCUCUAUACCACUUUUUCACUUUUCAUCGGUUUCUCUCUUGAAUAUCAUGCUGAUUCAACCCUUCCAUUUUCUUCUGUUUACUACCUUUCCUUUAGUGGCACCCACGUACUCUGUCUCUCUCUCUCUCCAUGUAUAUAUGUUGCUUAUAUCUUUAUCUCAAAUUCUGUUAUUUGUGCUUUGUAUGAUAUAAAUUCUUCCGUUGGAACUGGAACUGGAACUGGAACUGGAAUUGGAACCGGAGUAGCUCUCACAUUUAUGUGUCGGUUGCUCCUGCCUUAAUCCAGAGAAUAUGAAAUUUGAAGAUUACCUCAUGGAAGGAAGCGAGGAUCAGCAACAACACACCACUCAUGAUGGUGAUCUUGACGAGGAGGUACAGGUUGUGAAACUGCAAGCAGAACUAGAUCGCGCACAAGAAGUAAACAGGGUCUUGCAGUGCGCACUGCAGGGGCCUGUGUCAUCUCACCCUUGCCUUCUCUCAUUGCUUCCACCACAGGUGCGAAUGCUAUUUAUGGAGCUGGCGACCGUGGAGGAAGAGAUACUUCUGCUAGAGAGAAAAGUUGACGGGCUAAAAUUAAAACUAUACCAUGAGAGGAAACAAAAUGACAAUUGGCAAAUACAACAGAGGAAGACCUCACCGCCUAUAACCAGCAGUCGAUCAUUGCUUAGUGAUGAUAUUCAACCACCAUCACGGUCACAAAACUAUGAUGAAUUUAGAAAACAGAAACUGAGAAGUAACAGAAGAGCCUCUUUAGGCUCUGCGGCAGAUUUCUUAAAGAUGUUUUCCAGAGAAUCAACUGAAAUGCAAGAAAGGUCAAGGAGGCAUGCCACCAGAAUCCAAAACCACUUCCAAAUCAUCAAUGGAACUGGCAUGGAGAACCCUAAUUUGAUCUCUGAAGAACUGAUUAAAUGCCUGAUAAGCAUAUUUUUGGAAUUAAAUGGAGCAUUACCGGAAAGAGAAAGAUCAACAGUUGUGCCAAAGCUUGGUCUUCCAUCCGCAAAUUCUAAAGGCUUAAUAGCCAAGACCUCAUUGAACUGUAAAGCAACCCAGUUUUCUUUCUACUACAAUGCAUCAAAUUUUGAUCCUUAUGGCGUCUUGCCAGAUAUACAUGGCACGAUCAGGGACAUUGGCCCGUACAAGAACUUCAUCCACAUCACACGAUGUUCAUUAGAUGUCAAUCGUUUUACAGAGUGUUCAUCAUCCAUUGAUAAGCUGAGGGUUUUGAUGGAGAAAUUAUGUAGCGUUGACUUAAGUUUCCUACCCUACAAGCAGAAGCUAGCAUUUUGGAUCAAUAUCUACAAUGCCUGCAUAAUGCAUGCAUUUCUUGAGCAUGGACUACCUUCAACACAGGAUAAACUGCUGGACUUGAUGAACAAGGCUGCAAUGAAUGUAGGCGGUAUAGUGCUAAAUGCUCUGGCCAUUGAACAUUUUAUCCUACGGCAUCCAUGUGAAUCAGAAUAUGGCCCAAUGGAAGAGAAGGAAACGCUACUAAGGCAUGCCUAUGGUUUGGGUUUUCCAGAACCCAAUAUAACGUUUGCCCUUUGCCGAGGAACGUGGUCCUCACCUGCAUUAAGAGUUUAUACUCCAGAGAAUGUAGUCAAUGAAUUGGGGAGAGCAAGAGUAGAAUAUCUGGAAGCUUCAAUAGGAGUUACAAGCAAGAGAAAGAUUGUAGUACCCAAGCUCCUGCAAUGGCACCUGCACGAUUUUGCAGAUGAUAUGGAAUCACUAGUGGAAUGGAUUUAUAGCCAAUUGCCACAAUCUAGAUUGCUGAGAAGAAUGAUAAUGGAGUGCCUAAAUGGGGAAACGAGAUCUCCUAUAAGAAAAUUGGUAGAAAUUCAACCAUAUGAAUCUGAGUUCCGUUACCUACUGCCUUUUGUAAGUGAAAAAUGGACCCACCUCCAACCGUAUCCCCCUUCCCCCACCACCCUGCCCCCAGCAGUGCGAAAUAUAUUUGUACUGAUACAUAUAAAUACAAGGUAAAAUCACACAGAAUAACUGAUGAUACUAGACACCAGAACUAAUAAAUAGGCAAAACAUCUUCCUGAACAGCAGUGAAAUAACACAGAACUAUUGCAAGAAGCUAUCUCACGUCCUGAUUGUUAAAUGCUUCUUUACCAAGGUGCCAAGGCCUUCUUUUCUUUUUCUUCCAAAAAAUAAAGACUACAAGGUCUAUUGAAUGUUUUAGUCAACAUG